AUGGAACUCAAUGCGAACUGCGACAAUGUCGAGCCCUCUGGAGCACGCCCCGUCCAGACCUGUUCGGUCCCCACGCGGCCACAACACAAAUAUAAGAAUAUGCUUCAUCUCUGGGAGUUUUUGUUAGAGCUUCUAGCUGAUGAGAGGUGCAAGUCCAUUAUAUGCUGGAGAAGAGAAGAGGAAGGAGAGUUUCAGUUCUUGAAUCACCACGAAGUAGCAAAAAGAUGGGGAAUGUUCAAACAGAGGGGUGGAAUGGACUACGGGAAGCUAAGUCGAGCCUUAAGAUUGUACUAUCGAGAAGGAAUUAUCACCAAGGUAAUCUUUGAUAUUGUAAUAGUGUUUUGAGAUAUUUUGAAGGGCUAUGCUCCUAGCUAGCGCGCGUUUCCCUCUUUCUGUCGUAAAAGACACUGUAGCAAAAAUAAACAAAAAUUGAUUAAAAAUUUUUAAUCAAUGGAUCACGGACCGCCGACUAUUGGACAGAACAAUGCAAGUUCAAUCAUCUACCACAGAGAAAUUGUAUAAAACAGCCUCAUAUAAAUGUUAGCACUUGAAAUAUAGAAGGUUUAAGCUACCUCGUACGGACGGCCAAUUAAAAGAUGUACAAUUUUAUAGCUGCCAUGAUCAACAGUCGUCCAAUAACCAUCUGCUAGACCUCUUUGUAAUUUCCCUUAAAACAGGCUGUCUUGUCUGAUCGACUGGGUCUAAUCUCAUUGACGGUACAUAUUUUCUGAAAAGGGAUAUUGGGUUUAUUUCAAAAUGAGAAAUAGAAGCAGCUACAAACGCUUUUUAAAAAAAUCUGACUGCCGGAUCAGGGAGCUCAGCUUGAAAAUGAACGUGCCUUUCAACCAGGCGUGAACCUCAAGAAACCGUUAGGAUAGUCGUUCGGGUAUGAGUUAACUGUUGUUUUUAAAGUAUCGUACCUAACAGAAAAAAAAAAUUACCUAGAGAAGAUUUGUGAAAUUUAGUCUCCAAAAAGGGAUCUUGUAUUGCGAAGAAGUCAGGAAUCACAGAACGCAAUAGAGUCAUUGUUUAUGAAUAAAAUAUAAACGGAGUUUUACGCCGGCAGUGAAUGCGUCACCUUUAAACAUUUUUUCUCCAUGCUGGGUAUUGUUUUUGUUUAAAUAAGUCUGAUCAUGAACAUGGUAACAUAAAUGAUAUCGAUAAAAAAUAAUAUAUGUUCUUCAUCGCCAGUGUUAAAAAAAUGAUGAAUUUGUAUGAUGUACGUAACGAGGAGUCCGUGGCUUUGUUUGUGAGUUUUGGGUGAUAGCAUUCUGAAAUGAUGCAUCAGAAUCCUAGAGUUUGACUAUUUCAGUAGAAUUUAAAUAGAGGUGUUCAAAGUGGUACUGAGUUUCAAGGUUGUUAACGUUCAAGUAUUAACUAAAAUCAAACCUGGAAGGGUGAAUUUCAAGGGAAUGGUAUAAUUAGCUUUCCUUCCUAUGGUACUGUUGAUUAUCCCAUACAAUAAAACGAAAGGGCUGUAACUUUUGAGCCUCUGGAUGAAAUCCUGAAGAAUUAAAAUUAUGGUUAUUGGUAGGUUUUCCUCUUGAGGGUCUGUUACUAUGCUUUACAGAGUGGUUCUGACUUUUGAGACUGUGAAUGAAAAACUUGAGUGUGGCAAUUUCAUUAAAGCUACUGUGCAGUACUUUUCUGUGUAAUACACUGAUUACUAUGCCACACAAGGGGUUCUAACUCUUGAGUCGUUGGAUGUUAUCUUAAAUUGUGACCAUUCAAAUGAAAGCUAAAUAAAUACUGAGCAGCAGUUUUUCUGUAAAGUGCUUUACUAUGCCCUCAGUGAAAAAGAGUUCAGUUGUAGAUGAAAUCCCAUUUGAGUAAAAUCCGUGAAUGGUUUUAGUAGUUGUUUCUACUUCUCCUUUCUGUUGAGUUGUUUAGCUGUACAAGAUAUUUCAAUUCUAACUUUUGUGUCUGUGAAUGAAAUCCUUAAGUGUUACAAGUCAAAUGAAAGCUACUGAGCAGUGCUUUUCUGUGGUGCUGUUUACUAUGCUGUAUCAUGGGUGUUUAUAAAUUUGAUUCUGUGGAUGUUACCCUUUAAUGUGACCUUCAAAUGAAAGCUACAGAGCAGUGCUUUCCUCUGUUACUGUCUAACCUGCAAAAGAACGUGAUUCAAUCUUUUAGUCUGUUGAUGAAAAGCCCCUUCUCAAACUCAUUAAUAAUUCAUAAAGAAAAUUCAAAGGAAAUUAAUGUUUAAUGAGUGUUUGGACAUCGGAUGAAACACUGCUCAUUUUUGCAUCCUUAAUUUCUCCUUCAAAAAUGAUUUUGUUUGAGAAGAAAUAUCAAACAUUCGACACAGUGUUUCAUCACCAGAUGAAACACUGCGUCUCAUGUUUGAUAUAUUACUUCAAAAUACCGUAAGGCUAACGUGGAACCGUUUAUUUAUUAUGCUGUACUAUGUAUUACUGCCUUUGGUGCCUUUAGUGUCUUAGCCGUCUCCUUUCAACGUUUUGUUAGUGGUACAAACCAGUGCUUAAAAGACUACGCCGUACAAAAAGUAAUUAUUAGUCUUUGUUCCGUGUUAAGAAAUAUUUUUUAACGUUAUAUAUGUUAGUCCCUAUCUGAAGGCGCAUAUACAGUGAAACAAAUGACAAGACAAGCUUUGACGUCCAUUAGAGGAUGCUUAUUAUUUACUUAUUUAUUUGAUAUUUAUUUAUUAUAUUCACACAGGUGAAAGGCCAAAGACUGGUAUAUCAAUUUCGGAACCUUCCUUACAAGUAUGAACCAGGAAUUACAAGAUCUGUUUACCGCGAUCGAUUUCAAACUAUAAACACAAGUCUUUGUGACCAAGAGCCAACAAUAAUCAAAGACUUAUUGCCCUUGAUAGAGUUGAAUUCCUCUCCUCCAGGUUCAAAAGCAUUUUUCUCUUCUGGCCUUCCUCCCAGGGGAUCCUCGCCCUGGACAGCUUCUUUCAGGGNAGAGUUGAAUUCCUCUCCUCCAGGUUCAAAAGCAUUUUUCUCUUCUGGCCUUCCUCCCAGGGGAUCCUCGCCCUGGACAGCUUCUUUCAGGGCUUCUUCAGAAGGAUGUACGUGCCUGGAUGUAGAGCUUUCCCUCUCAUCAAUCUUUUGUUCCAAGACUAGAAUUUACUUUCCUAUGAGAGAAGGACACAGCAAAACCACAGAAUGGUGA